UUUUAGGCACUAAAGUGACGACAGAUCAGCACAUAAUGAAUAAUGGAUAAAAAUGGCUGAAGAAGCACUGUAUCUAAUAUGGUCAUGACGAAUUUGAGCCCAGCCGAACCAUCAUUACAUUUGGAACAAAGGUCAUCCAACGCAGUCAAUAAUGAUGAGAAUGCUGAUGAUCGAAAAAUUAGCUUGAAGAAGCAAAAACGAGAAUACCGUGAUGAGAAAAAACGAGUUACACGAGAAUUGCUUACAGCUUUGCAUGAUCCGACAACUGUCGUUAUGGCUGACUGGCUAAAAGUUCGUGGAACUUUAAGAAAAUGGAAUCGGUAUUUUUGCAUACUGAAGCCGGGUUUACUGCUUAUUUAUAAAAGCAAUAAAAUUGAUAAGCCGGGUCACUGGAUUGGUACAGUUCUGUUGAACAACUGUGAACUAAUCGAAAGACCGUCGAAAAAGGAUGGAUUUUGCUUUAAACUGUUCCAUCCAAUGGAUCAGAGUAUAUGGGCAACGCGUGGACCGUUGGGAGAAAAUCAUGGUAUCGUUACAAUUCAGCCUUUACCUACUACUUAUCUGAUUUGUCGAGCAUCAUCUGAGCAGCUUUCUGACUGUGAUCAGAAAGGAGAAGAAACAACCAUCGAUGAACAGAAUACCUUUGGUGAUAUUUCUUGUAACGAUACCGUUGAAAGUUCUCGAGAAUUCAACGAAGUUGAGGCGGAAAAGCACUUUGAUGGUCUGAAUGAUGAUAUUGAUCGGGUAGCAUCAGAUAGUGAUGAUAGAACUACUGACUAUGAAGAAGAAAGCUCAUACAUUCAAUCAGAUCCAGAGCAGUUUGGUCCAACAGUACAAAUUGAAGAUCUUGCUGAUGAAAACAAAAGUCUUGUAUGGAGUUUACUGAAACAAGUACGACCUGGAAUGGAUCUUUCAAAAGUUACUUUGCCCACAUUCAUUUUGGAGCCGCGUUCCUUCCUCGAAAAGCUUGCAGAUUUCUAUUACCACUCAUAUGUCAUUGCCGAAGCUACUGCUCAGGAUGAUCCCUUACAAAGAAUGAAGACGAUUGUAAAAUUUUAUUUGAGCGGAUUUUACAAGAAACCAAAAGGUUUGAAGAAACCAUACAAUCCGAUAUUAGGGGAAACAUUUCGAUGUAAGUGGGAACACCCCGACAAUUCGACAUCGUACUAUAUUGCUGAACAGGUCUCCCAUCAUCCACCAGUUUCGGCCCUUUUUCUUACAAAUCGAAAAGCAGGUUUCAAUAUAUCGGGUACAAUAUUGGCAAAAAGUAAAUAUUACGGGAACAGUUUAUCGGCUAUGAUGAUUGGUGACGUACGAAUAACGCUUUUGCAACGAGGUGAAACAUAUACUGCUACCCUUCCAUAUGCUAACUGUAAGGGUAUCAUGAUUGGAACACUAUCAAUGGAAUACGGUGGUCAGGUAAGAAUAGAGUGCAAUCGUACCGAUUAUGUAUGCGAACUUGAUUUCAAAUUAAAGCCAUUCAUUGGAGGAACAGUAAAUCUUAUUACGGGAGAUAUCAAAUGUAAAAAGGAAUCGGUGGCGCAUAUUGAAGGAGCUUGGGAUGGCGAAAUUUAUAUAAAUGAAAGAGAUAUGAAAACACUUUUAUGGUCACCAACACCUGAUGUAAUUGCAAAACGACUUAAACGUUACGAAGUUCUUUUGGAAGAGCAGGGUGAAUGGGAAUCAAAGAAGUUAUGGUUGAAAGUAAGUGAAGCGAUAGCUCAAGAUAAUCAGAAAGCUGCAACAGAAGAAAAAAGUAAAUUAGAGGAUGAACAACGCACUCGCGCCAAAUCUGGAAUACACUACAAACCUAAAUGGUUCAAGCAGGAUUUGCUGUCGAAAAAUUACGAAUACAUACAUGCUGAUUAUCAAGCAUGGGAUGAAAAUGAUGAUAUUCGUCAAAUUGAGCAUGGUUAUGUGAUACGAACAAAAACUAAACAUGGAACCAAAGAACGAUCUGCUUCACCGCCGAGUUCAAUUUCAGUGCAGCAAGAACAGUCUGAGGAUUCUGACCCACUUGGAAGUAAGCAAUAUCGCAAGAAAAGGCCACAACUUACACAAGAUUCUGAUCGCAUACAACAAGUACAGGACACUCUGGAUCGUACUGUGCAAUUCUUACAGCGUUUCGAAACAAACUUUGAGAGGAGAUCUAGUAUGGCCAUAACACAACAGCAACUAAUCGUGAUUAUGGCUUUUUUUGUAAUUUUUCAUGCUGUCAUCUUGCCUCUUCUUCUCGAGAUAUUACGUAAGCUAUGACUUCUUCACUGACCUGAUGUUCUCCGAAAUCUACAUGCUUUGUGAUUAUAUGUGCACUUUUGAAGAUUUUCAACCGUAACAUUGUUAGUGUUCAAUUUAUGAAAUUCAUAGAAGUCUUUUUAGUGUCUUACAGGUGAUGUCAGUUAUUUUUAACAAUUUUACGGUUAAAAAAUAGGUUUCAAUUAAUCAUAUCAAUUUGUGCAUCAAUAUAACUAUUGAAGCUGCAUUAUUAUGUAUACGGGAUAUCUUUGUCGAAGUUCCGAGUCAUUUGUUUAUUUAUAGUCAUUAUCAUAUUUUGGCAUUCUAAAAUUUUCUGUUUGUGAAAAUUUUCGUUGCUUCACGUUUUUAGGAUUUUAACACUGUGCACAUUAAAAACAGUUCUAUUUUUGCCAUAUUUCAUCUGAACGAGUCUUUUCGAUCUUUGAACGUCAACU